AGAAGUCAGUCACAUUAAAACAUUCGGACCCGCACGAGCUGUCGACUCUGAAAAUAUUAAACAAUAUAUAAACCAAAAGAAAACAUUGCGUCAACCCUUUCAACUUUGCUUCACUGAUUUCUUGAAUAGGAAAAUGUUCGAUACCACGCUCGGCUAUCUGAUUGGCCUCGUGGUGCAGCUGUCCUGGCUGCUCGUUAGCCAGGGCUUCUGCCAGAUGGUGCAGCAUCCUUUGCUGGCCAGCGUACUCUGCCUGGUGCUGGGCCUCGCCCAACAGACGGGCCAAAAGACACUGCGGGAGCGUUUCCGCUGGGUUCUGCAGUACCUUAAGAUUUGGAUCACACACUCGGAUUUGGCCACAGACGAUUGCAACUUUGGGCACGACAUGGCUGAUCGGCGAGAGGGGGGACUCGAAGGACUGGACGGGGCUGGCUUCCAGAGCCCCAUCAAUAUCGAGGACCAGCAGCUGAGCCCCAUGGCCAUCAGGGAGCUGCUGAACUGGAACCACUACGACGAACUGCCGGCAAGCAUUCAGGUGGAGAACACGGGCCACACCCUGAUCCUGCGGGCCCAGUUCCACGGAAACACGCCCACCAUCAGCGGAGCCGAUCUUCUGGCCAGCUACACGUUCGUGGAGGUGCGCUUCCAUUGGGGCUGGUGCAACAGCGAGGGCUCGGAGCACACCUUCAACCAUCGCAAGUUCCCCAUGGAGAUGCAGGUGAUGCACCGUGCCAGCUCCGGGAUGUCGCGGUCUUGCACCAGCAGCUACGACCUCCUGACGAUCGCCUACAUGUUUGAGCUGUCGGCCGACAACCCGUUCCUGGACCCCCUCGUUCAGAAUCUGCGCCAGGUGCAGCAGCCCGGAAAGGCCGUGAAUAUAUCACCGUUUCCACUCUGCUACCUAAUGCCCGCCUUCCGGGCUGGCUUCUACUCCUACGGUGGGUCGCUGACCCGACCCCCGUUCUACGAGGGAACCGAGUGGUUCAUCUUCCCCGAGACGCUGGCCAUCAGUGACUUCCAGCUGCGCCACUUCCGCCAGCUGCUGAGCCACGACGGUGUCACUCCCAUCACACGGAACGCCCGUCCCGUCCAGGCCCUGGGUAACAGAAGCAUCAACCUAAACUGCUUCUGUCCCAUGAAUACCAACCAACUGGCCAGCCUGCCAGUUGUCGGCCUUUGCCAGCAGCAGCAGGCGGCGGACGUUCAGAAGAAAGAACCCGUUGAAAAGGUGCAGGAGCAGCAGCGUGGAGCGGCCCCGGCUGCUUCUGAGGAAGAGGGCGAGCUGAUGGAGUCCAUGGACACGACCACCGUGAUAACCAGCGACUCCACGAAGAUGUGCAUGACCACAUUCCUGCGCAAGGAGCAGCUGCCGCCGACGCAGCCGGACUACAGCACUACAGCCAUUGUCAUCCAUAGCGACACCACAUCCAGCGACAUGUGCGCCCCCCAUCCGGUGGGGGGACCAGGAUCUGAACCGCAGGCCAGCUGCAACGCCGAUGCCAUCUGCGGCGUGGGCGAUGGCAUCAACAUCGCCGUGUACCACGGCCAGAUUGAGUAGGAGUAGGAGAGGGCCGUUUAAUUAUUAAAUUGUUGUUUAGUUUGUUUUCAUCACACGGAUGCGGACACAGGCUGGAUCCAAGGCCAGCUGCUCUUUGUCCCGAGACCUAAUUGAAUUGCGCGUGUAUGGAUUAAACAGUUGCGGUUAUAUUUCUGAAUCAUA